UUGAGCAGAGAGUAACAAAGUGUCAGAGUGGGAGAAGCUUUCCUAAAGAGAAAGCAACAACUCAUUUCACUGUGGGGUCUUUCUGGAAACAGCCGAACUUGAAGAGAAAGAAAAUCUUCACCCCCAACAGGCAGUGGAUAAAAAAAUGCCUCGUUCCUUUCUGGUGAAGAGCAAGAAGGCCCACACCUAUCACCAGCCCCGUUUCCCGGAGGAUGUCCUGCCUUCUGCCGCUGCCCUCAGCUCGGCUCAACAGGACGGGGUGCUGGUGGACACGACUUCCCUCAGCUUCCCGUUUCAAAGUCAGGGCCCGGAAUGGACAAUCCCCAAGGAAGACAAGGACCCAGACUCGUGCCUGACCAGGACCAUUUCAGUUCCAGAGACGUCCAUCUCAGCCCUGCAGGUCCAGGACCCCAACUCGCCCCACUACUAUAAGCCCAGCUUCCCCUGGGAUGCUUUCCCCCGACCGUACGGCUACCAGCAGCUCUCCUCCACCAUCCAGUCUGUCUUCGUGGAGCGUUCGGUCAGCUUGUACGGCGGCCCUCUGGGCCCCAGCUCGGAGCCCCCGCUGGACUACAGCGUUCGCUACUCCCCGAACCUGGACACCUACCACUGCAUCAAGUGCAACAAGGUGUUCUCCACCUCCCACGGGCUGGAGGUGCAUGUCCGGAGAUCUCACAGCGGGACCCGGCCCUUUGCCUGUGACAUCUGCGGGAAAACCUUCGGUCACGCCGUGAGUUUGGAACAGCACACCCACAUCCACUCCCAGGAGAGGAGCUUCGAGUGUAAGAUGUGCGGGAAGACCUUCAAGCGCUCGUCCACCCUGUCCACCCACCUUCUCAUCCACUCAGACACCCGGCCCUACCCCUGCCAGUACUGCGGCAAGCGUUUCCACCAGAAGUCGGACAUGAAGAAGCACACCUACAUCCACACCGGAGAGAAGCCCCACAAGUGCCAGGUCUGCGGCAAGGCCUUCAGCCAGAGCUCGAACCUCAUCACCCACAGCCGCAAGCACACCGGCUUCAAGCCCUUCAGCUGCGAGCUGUGCUCCAAGGGCUUCCAGCGCAAGGUGGAUCUCAGACGGCACCGGGAGACCCAGCACAGCCUCAAGUGACCGCUCUGCCCGCCUGCCUCCCCCUUUCUUCACAGACAGGGGAAAGGACCCCUGCCCGCUUUAACUGCCGGCCACCGUUGCCGGGCGGUGAGCCCUAUGCCACCUGGACUCCGUGCCAGGAGGUUGGUUCACCAGGAGAGGAGCUGAGAGGGGGGUCGAGACCCUGCGGCGGCCGAGGGGGAGGGAGAGCGCUGAGCUCCCCCGGCCUCUCCCGGCCGAGCCGACUGCAAGAUCUCUCCUCUUUUAAAAGAACUCUGUCUCGUUCUCGGUCUGGCGGGGACCACCCGAUCAUCUUACCUGCCCCUUCUGGCACGCCCCCCGCCAAGGCUGUGGACCCUCCGGGUUGGCGUGGACUCUGGGGAGAGGGCACCAGCUGCCACGUGGCUUCUCGGGGUUGCUGCCCGGUCCCCACCCGCUGCACGAGGCCAGGGGUCACAGGUGGCAGCUGCUACGGGCCAGGACGCCUCCCUCUCAGUGCCUGUUUGUAGUAAAUGAAAAUAAAGAAA